AGCUGGAGAGCUUGCUCAAGCUUACGAUUGGGCCAUUCCCUCUUCUCUAAUGGAUUACUUCGAGGUCUUCAUACAACACAAGCAGCACAUAAGGCUCAGGCUGGACGCUACAGGGUCACAAGAAAUAGGUCAAAACCUCUCACCUAUGAGAUGGCCAAUCAACCAUGUCAGAUUGCACAUAGAAAGUCCUGGAAUAGUUGGAACACAACAAGCUUGUAUGAAGGAUUACGCGAGCCAGAAACAGUAGUGGACGACAUCUUUAUUCGGAAGUUCAUGACGGGCACAUGGCACAACUUGUUUGUGUCAGAGGUGAGCACAUUAUUUUUAUGCUAUUAAUUAUAGGGGGACUGGAAAGCCUAUAGCUUAU